AUGCACAGGUCAGGUUUCGCUUUGGGUAUGUGUAUUUUAUUCCUUUACAUAAAUCCAAAGCCUUCAGCUGGUAAUUUUCGUCUGAUAUUAGCUGCAAAUCGAGAUGAAAUCUACAAGCGACCAGCUAAAUCUGCACAUUAUUGGGAAGAAGAUAAAACAGUCAUUGGUGGCAGAGAUUUAGAACCUGGAAAAGAAGGUGGUUCUUGGUUGGCUCUCUCAACUCGAGGACGAAUAGCUGCUCUUCUAAAUAUCAUGCACAUAGGUGAACAUCCACAAGAACUUCUUGGUCGUGGAAGUCUUGUGUCAGAUCCUGAAAGCAUCAAUGUACAUAAAUACUGUAACGCCGGAGAAGCACCAAAGCCAGAAUGUCUUUCUGAUGAAUACCUAGGCAUUAGCAACAGUUUCAUAGACACUCCUUUUGCAAAAGUUACAGCAGGAAUUGAACAAUUUAAAGAUAUAAUAUCCAAGUAUGGAUCUGCAGAUGAAAAAAAAUCUCUUCACAAUGAAUUAACAAAGUUUCUGAAAGAAGAGACGAGUCACUUCCCUGAUUCAGUUAUGGCCAGUUUUGCUCCAGCAGUUUCAACUGAAUAUCUAAAGCCCUACAGUUCUGUCUACGUAAAUGUUCCUGAGAGAGGUUAUGGCACAAGGUAAAGUACUUAACUUCUUAU